CCCUGGAUUCCUUACGCUGGUCGCCAUUUUGUGAAGACUCUGCUGUUGUGUCCGGCAGUCGAACCUGCGUUUAUAUCGCAAUACAUAAGAACAAAAAGCGCCAGAGCCAGUUAUCUUCCUAAAGGAAAGUGAAUCUUAUCGUAUGUCCGCUAUCCAGAACCUCCAGACUUUCGACCCCUUUGCUGAUGCAACUAAGGGUGAUGACCGUCUCCCGGCUGGGACUGAAGACUACAUCCACAUAAGAAUACAGCAGCGGAACGGCAGGAAAACACUGACUACAGUUCAGGGAAUUGCAGAUGACUAUGACAAGAAAAAAUUAGUCAAGGCCUUUAAAAAGAAAUUUGCCUGCAACGGCACUGUGAUUGAACAUCCGGAGUAUGGUGAAGUGAUCCAGCUGCAGGGCGACCAGCGCAAGAAUAUCUGCCAGUUCCUUACUGAGAUUGGCCUGGCGAAAGAAGAACAGCUGAAAGUCCACGGAUUCUAAAUGCAGCAGCGUCGUUCCCCUGCCCCUCAACUCUGUUUAAUGCAUAGCAACCCCUGUAGAGUUUCUUAGAAUGGUGACUUCUCAUUUGACUAAUUUCCUGUACUUUGAGAACAGGGUGAACAGCUGUAUACACUCAGUGACCACUUUAUUAGGUAUACCUGCUAGCAAAUGCAAACAGCCUGCUUCUCCAAACAGCAUCCUUUAUAAAGCACACAGAGGGCAUCAAGAAGUCGUUAGUUGGACUAAGCUGUAGAAUGGGAAAGAAGUGUGAUCUGAGUGACUUAACGCGGCUUGAUGUUGAUUCCAGCAUCUCAGAAACGGCCACCCUCUUGGGAUUUUCACAUACUGCUGUGGCUAGAGUUUACAGAGAAUGGUACAAUUACAAAAAAACAUCCAAUCAGCAGCAACACUGUAGGUGAAAACCUCUUGUUGAUGUGAGAGGCCAAACUAGCUUGGCCAGAAUCAUUGACACUAGCAGGAAGUCUACAAUUGCGAAAAUAACAGCUUGAUACCACAGUGCUGGGCAGAAAGGCAUCUCUGCACACAACUCGUCAAAUAUUGAAACGAAUGGGCUACAUGAGCAGGAGACCAUGCCAGGUCCUACAACAAUGUAGUUUUAAACCUACAGUUCAAACUUCUCUAGAAUGAGGAUUUACAAUUCAGGUGGUAUUUAUUGAAAUUUGUGUGCGAGUGUGUUUUCUUGGCAUUCAUUGGGCCCCUUAGUACCAUUCAAGGGUUAUUUUGAACACAGUAGCGUCACUAAGCCGUGCGUUCCUUCAUGGCCACCGUCUUCCCUUUUUAGAUGUAUACUUUCCAGAAGGAUGAUGUGCCAUGUCACAGAGUUUGUAUCAUCUCAGGGUGGUUCCUUGAACAUGACUCAGAAUUCACUACCCUCAGUUCCCCUUCCCAAACCCCAGAUAUCAUCCCGAAUAGACGUAUGACUGGAACAUCUGCAGGAAGUCCAAGAUGAUACAAGUCUGCAUGGACCAAAAUAUUUCCAGCAGUUUCUUGAAUCCAUGCCCUGAAAAAACUAUGGCUAUUCUGAAGGCAAAGGGAGGUUGUGGGGUGGGAGGGUAUAAUACUUGGUCUUAGGCAGGUGCACCUAAAAAAAUGGCCGCUGAAUGUUUGUGGUCAACGGAAGCAGGAGAAUGUCCUCCGUUUUAUUUUAUUUGUAUAUUGCUUCUGAAUCAAGAUUUAAUGCCUCACUUUUUGUAAAAUGGUUAAAUAAAUUGAGUAACUAACA